GUCAAAAUCUAAGAAGAUCCGAUUCGUGAAGAUUUGUGGCUAUAGGGAUUGUAUUCCGUAACUAAUUUUAUUCACACGUGUGAAGUAAUUUCGUGUUACUACUUUACUUUAUAAGUGUUUACUUUUAAUACAUAUCUUUCGUUAAGAUUUUAAAAGAUUACUUUAGCCUAGAGUUUAAUCCUAACUGGAUCAUUCAAUUUGCUUCAUAUACUUGAGACAUUGGCUUAAAGUCUAUGGGCACAACUUAAAACCAUUAAAGAAUUACUCUCUGACACAGGUAUUGUUUGACGUUAGGUACUGUUUAAUCUUGCCGUAACUAACAAAUGUGUUUGGUUACUAAGAAAGUGUAAUAGCAUAAAUCAUAAUGUCUAACACAUACAAAAGGAGAAAAGAAGGAUCAAGACCCAAAAUAAAGAGUAUGGGAGACCAUAAAGAAUUUUUGAAAAGGAUAUCGAAAACCCUCUACUAUGGACAACUGCCUACUUUACCCUGUUUGAGCCUUCCAGUUACUGAGAUAUCGUGCGAGCUGUGGUCGCAGGCGCAGUGCGGGCGCUCGCUGCGGCGCCUGCGCGCGCCCGCGGCCGCCGAGCUGGCGCGCGCCGCCUGCGUGUCGCCGUGCGCGCUGGUGCUGGCCAUCCUCUACCUCGAGCGCCUGCAGCGCUGCAACCCCGACUACCUGGCCGCCGUCGCGCCCGCCGACCUCUUCCUCGUCUCGCUGAUGGUGAGCAACAAGUUCCUGCAAGAUGACGGAGAAGACGACGAAGUGAUAUGCUCCGAGUGGGCGGCGUCCGGCGGCCUCGAGCUCGACGAGCUCAAGAAACUCGAAGUGGAAUUCCUAAAAGCUAUCGAAUGGAACGUGUUUGUGAGCGAGCAGUCGUUCUCGAAGGGGCUGACGUGGCUGGAGCGGCAGGUGGCGCUACGGCAGGCGCGCCUGCGCGGGUUCUUCACGUACGGCGACCUGGCGGCGGCCUGCGACGCGGCGGCGCUGGCGGACGCCACGCGCGGCGCCACGGCCGCCUGCCUGGGCGUCGCGCUCGGCUACGUGGCCGGCCUGCUGGCGCUCGUCGCCUCCGCGCUGGUCGCCUCGCAAACCUGUCUCCCCACCCUGCAGUCGACAGCCUUACGGAACACCACCGGGACCCUCGGAGCCUCCCACCCGACGACUUAUUCGCCUUCAGAUAUUACGCCGCCGCUCUCUAACGCUACGGUCGACCUCCAAACCUAUACUCUCCCAGAAGAAUCGACGCUGACUUUCGAUCUCAGGGGCUGCGACGAGUGGGUCAGAUAUCAGGAAGAAAAUGCUCCGAAGCAGACCUGGUACGACGGUAUUGUCAUGUACGAUUUGAAAUCUUUCGAGCCCUGGUGGUCAAAAACGUCAGUGAUGAAUUGGUUGUAUCAAAGCUCCUUAAUAAAUCCGAUGCAGAGAUGGUUGGAGAAGUUGAAUCAGUUCAUUUAUUUCUUCAAAAAAGAAAUGGACUGCGGCAAAGCAUACAUAUCAUCUGAUCAGUGCAGUAGUUGUCCCGAGUUUGGUGAGAGAAGAUGUGUCCGGCAAUGGCUCAACCUGAGCAAACUGAGUGUAUUUGUAGCCUCUAUGUCUGAUCGAUAAUUAUAUAUUUUACGAAAUAAGUGUUUCACAUCAGCGAGGAUAAGCUGAUAUAAAAUGUUUUAAUUACAAAGCUCAAAAAAAGUACUGUUACAAAAUCUGUUAAUACAAAAAAAAAAUAAUAUUUUUGUAUUUAAUGUAAUUUAAAUAUAGAAAUAAAAGUAUGAGAUGAA